GCAGUUCUCAGCAUUCGUCUGUUGAGCUGUUUGGUGCUGAGGCGGUGUUUGUGCUCCGACUACUGAUUUACAUGCUUCGUCUAUUCGUUUACAGGGAAACCACGGCUUAUUUUUAUUAUUAUCAUUAUUAUUAUUAUUGUAUUUAGUCCACAGGAGUACAGUAUAUUGUUUUUUUUUUCUUUUAAGAGACGUCAUGUUUAAGAAAAAGCAGCAGUUUGUAUAUAAUAUGGAGAAAUCUGGAGCAGAAAAGAUGGCGUUUUAACCUGUUCAUGGAGGUGAAUGCAAAUGUUCAUGAUAUAAUCCAUAUACUGUUACGGGAAAGCUGUGCGAACAAGGAUUAAGGACUUUUUUUUUUAAGAACAUUUCUACCAAGUCUGCCUUGAGCAUCUUCUUAUGACCGUCGUCAUCCGCAGCCGAAAGCGUCAGGUUAAGACUACUGGUAUUGAACCCCUACUACUGAACCGUUCCCGUCAGGUUCUGUCAGAGGACAGCGGAAAGAAAUGGGGAACAGCUUUUCCAACAUCUCUGCCUUCCAGUCCCUCCACAUCGUGAUGCUGGGGCUGGAUUCGGCCGGAAAGACGACCGUCCUCUACAGGCUGAAGUUCAACGAGUUUGUGAACACUGUACCUACGAUCGGUUUCAACACAGAGAAGAUCAAGCUGAGCAAUGGUGCAGCGAAGGGCAUCAGCUGUCAUUUCUGGGACGUCGGCGGCCAAGAGAAGCUUCGUCCGCUCUGGAAAUCGUACAGCCGAUGCACGGAUGGCAUCAUCUACGUGGUGGACUCGGUGGAUGUAGACCGACUCGAGGAGGCCAAGACUGAGCUGCACAAGGUUACCAAAUUUGCAGAGAACCAAGGAACACCGCUGCUGGUUAUCGCCAACAAGCAGGAUCUGCCCAGGUCUCUGCCCGUGGCCGAUAUAGAGAAGCAGCUGGCGCUCAACGAGUUGACCCCGUCCACCGCGUACCACGUUCAGCCUGCUUGUGCCAUCAUCGGCGAAGGGCUUCACGAAGGUAUGGAUAAACUGUACGAGAUGAUUGUGAAGCGAAGAAAAGCCCUAAAGCAGAAAAAGAAGCGAUAAACUUUGGCUUUAAGGAACUAUUCCCCCUCAUUCAUGCCUUUCUGCAAGCCUGGGGCUUAUCGUCACGUGCCAACGCAGCGAUGCGCCGAUUAUUGGAUUAUUGAUCGAUUCGGGCAGUUUUCAGUUGGACUUAUGUUGCAGACUCUGUAUGGCUUGCUGGGUGGUUUCAAGCCACAGAGAACUUACAGGAAAAAAAAACUUGUUACAAUGAAAAAAGGGCUGGUUCCCUUUUCUGCUGCUGUUGACUUACUGUGCAAGUAGCCUCGUCGUCAUACUGAAGGAGCUCUCUACUUUAGCACUGUGAAGAAUUACGAACGUUACCGUUUUUGUUCGUGGGAUGCUUGAUUUUUCUCUCUCUCUCUCUCUCUCUCUCUCUCUCUCUCUCUCUCUCUCUCUCUCUCUCUCUCUCUCUCUCUCUCUCUGACGACCGGCUCGAAGCAUUACUGUGUGUAUCACAAUAAUAAUGUUGCCUAAAUCCUUUACGAGUAACUCCAUUUGGGAUUGGUUCUGACCUGUGUGAGACUGAAGGUUAACAGUUUAAACCUGCUUUUUAGGAGUCUGGGACUUUAUGAGGUCAUGGACACAUCCAGGUUUAUGAAGACAGUUAAGAACAUGACGUGUGGUGGACGGUGUUUACCAUUUCCGUGCUUGCAACCUCAGUCCACCACUUAGCACUUUUCCUUACCAAAACCCGUAGUGAGUUUCAACACUGUAUUGCAAAACUAAAAAUUAUUGUAUUACACAGUAAAAAGAUGAAUUCUGAAGUAUUUUUCAAUUAAAAUAUAUUGAGAAAAUUCUA